AUGAAGUUCGGCGAACAAUUGAAAACGUCCUUGAUCAAGGACUACUUUUACUACUAUAUUGCCUACGAUGACCUCAAGUAUGAGCUGUCCAAGGGCCUGAGCUCCAACUCGUGGUCUGAUGUGGCCGAGGAAAGAUUUGUGACUCUCCUGGAGAGCGAGCUAGACAAGGUGUACACUUUCCAGCGGGUCAAGUCCACAGAAAUCAACAGGCGAAUUACUCAGGCCGAAAAGGAUGUCGAGCGAGUCAUUGAGCAAUCGGAGACAAACCCCAAUAGUGUGGACGAACAGCAGUUUGAGGACCUCGAAGAGGACCUGUCGUCUGUGAUAGCAGAUGUUCACGAUAUGGCCAAGUUUGCUCAAUUGAACUACACUGGAUUCCAAAAAAUCAUCAAAAAGCACGACAAGCUCACUGGCUGGACCCUCAAGCCCAUUUUCGCAGCCCGUCUCAAUUCCAAGCCCUUUUUCAACGAAAACUAUGACGUGCUAGUCGUCAAGCUGUCAAAGCUUUACGACCUAGUGCGCACACGUGGCCACCCUGUCGUUGGUGAUUCUUCCGCCGGUGGUAGCCAGCAGAACUUUGUUCGUCAAACUACAAAGUACUGGGUCCACCCCAAUAACAUCACGGAGCUCAAGCUCAUCAUUCUCAAACACCUGCCUGUUCUGGUUUUUAAUGCCAAGAAAGAGUUUGAGCGCGAAGAUAGUGCCAUCACAUCUAUUUACUAUGACAAUUCGCACUUGGACCUUUACCUAGGUCGAUUGGAAAAAUCAGAAGGUGCUGAAGCGAUCCGCCUCCGUUGGUACGGUGGUAUGUCUUCCGACACUAUUUUUGUCGAACGCAAGACCCAUCGUGAGGACUGGACUGGCGAAAAGUCCGUCAAGGCCCGCUUCCCGCUCAAAGAGAAAUAUGUCAACGAUUUCCUGUCUGGAAAAUACUCUGUGGAGCAGGCGUUUGCCAAAAUGCGCAAAGAAAAAAAGAAGAGCAUCAAAGAGAUUGAAAAUCUCGAGGCACUGGCAAGUGAGAUUCAAUAUCGGGUGAUUUCUAAAAAGCUUCGUCCGGUUGUCCGCUCAUUCUAUAAUCGUACUGCUUUCCAAUUGCCUGGCGAUGCCCGUGUGCGUAUUUCUCUGGAUACAGAGUUGUCUAUGAUCCGUGAAGAUAAUUUUGAUGGCCUCGAUCGCUCGCAUAAAAAUUGGCGUCGUAUGGACAUCGGCGUUGAUUGGCCGUUCAACCAGUUGCCUCCUAAAGACAUAGAGCGCUUCCCUUAUGCGGUUCUUGAGGUUAAACUGCAAACCCAGCUUGGACAAGAGCCUCCACAGUGGGUCCGCGAUUUGGUGUCUUCUCACCUGGUAGAAGCCGUACCCAAGUUCUCCAAGUUCAUUCACGGCACUGCAGUCUUACUUCCUGAUAUGGUCAAAUUGAUUCCAUUCUGGCUCCCUCAAAUGGAUGUUGAUAUUCGCAAGCCCUCACAGCAAUCUUAUGGCAUCGAACGGCCCGUUUCUCAAGGCACCGGUGUCGACUUGGAAGCCGGCAACACAGGGUCUGUGCACUUUCAAGCUUCAGCACACCCGCAUGCUACCGAAGCCACCCGUCUUCUUACUGGAUCGGGAGAAUAUUCCCCCAAUGCCUCCACUACCGAUGCGCACCUUGGUUUGGUUGGCAAAGCAAUUGCUUGGUUUCGAAAAGCAUUUGCAUUGGACGUCCAGGUUGCCACUGAGCCCGACGGAACAGUCUACCUUGAAAAUAUCAAACUGCCGCCUGGAAAGACACUUUGUGUCCCCGUACGUAUCGAGCCCAAAGUUUACUUUGCCAACGAGCGUACUUUCUUGGCUUGGGUGGAAAUUGGCAUUCUCUUGAGCGCCGUCGCUGGCGGACUUCUGAACUACGGUAAUGAUAUUGCCGUUCAGGCCUCUAUUGGGUUCUUCCUUGUUGCCUUUGGCACCAUCAUCUAUGCUAUCUUCAUCUAUCUCUACCGCAUGCAUGCUAUUCGCAACAAACUGGCCAUUCGUUACGACGACCAAAUUGGUCCAUUGAUCAUUUGCGUCGCCCUGGCUGCAGCUCUCGGUGUUAAUUUCGUGUUCCAGUUUUGGGCGGGCGGCACUGGAGGUGGUAAUGGAGGCGGCCCGCGGCCCACGCUUAUUAGCCAGUAG